AUGUUCUCAGCCCUGAAGAAGCUAGUGGGCUCGGACCAGACUCCGGUCAGAGACAAGAACAUCCCUGCGGGGCUGCAGUCCAUGAACCAGGCUCUGCAGAGGAGGUUUGCCAAGGGAGUCCAGUACAACAUGAAAAUUGUCAUCCGAGGGGACAGGAACACUGGGAAAACCACCCUCUGGCACCGACUGCAGGGCAAGAAAUUCAUUGAGGAGUAUAUUCCCACUCAGGAGAUCCAAGUUACCAGCAUCCACUGGAAUUACAAAACCACUGAUGACAUCGUUAAAGUUGAAGUCUGGGAUGUUGUUGACAAAGGAAAAUGCAAAAAACGAGGAGAUGGUUUGAAGCUGGAGAAUGACCCUCAGGAGGCAGAGUCAGAAAUGGCUCUGGAUGCAGAGUUCCUGGAUGUCUAUAAAAACUGCAACGGCGUAGUGAUGAUGUUUGACAUCACCAAGCAGUGGACAUUCAACUACAUCCUGAGGGAACUGCCCAAGGUGCCGACCCACGUCCCGGUGUGUGUGCUGGGGAACUACCGGGACAUGGGGGAGCACAGAGUCAUCCUGCCCGGCGACGUGCGCGACCUCAUCGACAGCCUGCACCGGCCUCCCGGCUCCUCCUACUUCCGCUAUGCUGAGUCUUCCAUGAAGAACAGCUUUGGCCUCAAGUACCUGCACAAGUUCUUCAACAUCCCCUUCCUACAGCUGCAGCGGGAGACCUUACUCCGGCAGCUGGAGACCAACCAGCUGGACAUUGAUGCCACUUUGGAGGAGCUGUCAGUGCAGCAGGAGACAGAAGAUCAGAACUACGAACUCUUCCUUGAGAUGAUGGAAGCCAGGAGCCGAGGCCACGCGUCGCCGCUCGCAGCCAACGGGCAGAGCCCCUCCUCUGGCUCCCAGUCACCUGUGGUACCUCCCAGCUCCACCUCCACAGGCAGCUCCAGCCCUGGCACCCCACAGCCACCCCAGCCUCCCUCCACCAUCUCUCCUGAACCCCCCCCAUCCUUUUCACCAGUGCCUGCCCCUGAAGCCCAGCAGCCACACACACCCCUGCCAGCUGCAGCCCCCCCGGCCCCGCCGGCCGCACCGCCGAAGCGCAGCAUCAUUGCACGGCUCUUUGGGACCUCUCCUGCUUCAGACCCUUCUCCUCCCCAGCCAGAUGCUACUGCUGCUCCUCCCCACCCUGCAGCCCCUGCAAAAGUGCAUGCAAGCGUGGAGGACUUUGUCCCUGAGGACAGCCUGGACCACAGCUUUCUGGAAGAGCCAACCCCCCAGAAGGACAGGGGCAGGCUGCAGGCCAAGCACCACGGCGACAGCGAGAGUGAUGGAGAAGCACCUGGGGGGAACCCCAUGGUGGCAGGUUUCCAAGAUGACCUGGAUCUGGAUGACAAAAUCCCCAGCAUGUCCAUGCUGGCAGCAGAAAGAGUGCCCAGCAAGAACAUCACCCUUUCCAGUGAGGAGGAGGAGGAGGAAGAAGAGUUGAAGGACUCUAAGGUCACACUCAUAGCUGACAAAGCCACUGAGAUGGAGCAGGACAAAAAAAGGUCUUCCAGAAGUUCUCUGAAACCACAGAGUGAAGCAAUUUUGACCAAAGCAACUGACCUGAAGCCUCCUGACAGUUUACCUCCACGUUCUGGGUCUGAAAGAAACAGCAGUAGCAAGGCCAACAGCAACCUGUCAGCUGCUGCUUCUGCUGCUGCCCCAGCAGCAGCCCCGGCCCCAGGGAGCACUUCCCAAAGCAAAGGAUACCCUCUGAAGCAGAAAAGGAUCAAAGAGGAGAAGCCUGAGGAGUCUGACAGCGACCAGGAGGGACCAAUAGCUACUCAGAUGCUCUCAUUUGUGAUGGAUGACCCUGACUUCGAGAGUGAGGACUCUGACAGCCCCAAGAAGAAAGAGGAGUUCCCAGUGAGGGAAGAUGUCUCUGAGCUGUCGGAUGAGGAUGCUGACACCUCGCUGGCGAAGCCUCCCCAGCCUGGGAGGGCAGCAGUCCCCUCCUUCAAGCUGAAGAAUGACUCAGACCUCUUUGGCUUGGGUUUGGAGGAACCUGCUCCCAAGGAGAGCAGUGAGGAAGGUAAGGAUAAACAAUCUGCUAAGGAGAAAAAGAAGAAGAAAAAGAAAAGCAAAGAGGAGGAGGAGAAGUCUGUGAAAAAGAAGAGCAAGCACAAGAAGAGCAAAGAGAAGGAGGAGAACAAAGAGGAAAAGGAGAGGAAGAAAAAGAAAAAGAGGAGCAAGGAGAAGAGCAGUGAGAUAGAUGAACUGGAGGCUUUCCUGGGAGGAGGGGGAGCCAGCGUGGGCAAGCCAGGGGGAGGCGACUACGAGGAGCUGUAGGCAGCGCCGGCCACAGCGGACUUCA